AUGGAUAAUACUAUCGAAGGGAAUGUGCUCGUGAUUGUUAUCCAAAAGACUAUUGUUGGCGUUUCGUUAGGAAACAUAAGAGGUUACUGA